GCUCAGCUCGGCUCAGGCAGAAGGUCAAGCCGCUAGCCUGCGCGGUAGCAUCCGCUAGCAUUCAGUAGCAUUCACUAGCCUGUUUACGUUGACUUCCAUUCAUCUGUUAGCUUGGUUAGCUAGCGUUAGCUUCGGCUACCAUUCAUUUGACUGCUUUAAAACCGGGCUAACUAGCGCAUUAGCUAACUGUGCUAACUAACGAAAUCUGCUGGGAAAAAAUGGAGUGGGCGAGUCAAUUAUGCGAAAACAGAGGCUUGGGAUCCAAGAUGACAGACUCCAAAUAUUUCACCACCACCAAGAAGGGGGAGAUCUUCGAGCUGAAGGCGGAGCUGAACAGUGAUAAGAAGGAGAAGAAGAAGGAGGCGGUGAAGAAGGUCAUCGCCUCUAUGACCGUGGGGAAAGAUGUGAGCGCCCUCUUCCCUGACGUGGUGAACUGCAUGCAGACUGAUAAUCUGGAGCUGAAGAAGCUGGUCUAUCUGUAUCUGAUGAACUACGCUAAGAGCCAGCCUGAUAUGGCCAUCAUGGCCGUCAACACCUUCGUCAAGGACUGUGAAGACCCCAACCCUCUGAUCCGGGCUCUGGCCGUCCGGACCAUGGGCUGCAUCCGUGUGGAUAAGAUCACGGAGUAUCUGUGUGAGCCUCUGAGGAAAUGUCUGAAGGAUGAAGAUCCGUACGUGAGGAAGACGGCGGCAGUGUGCGUCGCCAAGCUUCACGAUAUUAACGCCCAGCUGGUGGAGGACCAGGGCUUCCUGGACACGCUGAAGGACCUGAUCUCAGACUCCAACCCCAUGGUGGUGGCGAACGCCGUGGCGGCACUCUCAGAGAUCGCAGAGUCUCAUCCCAACAGUAACCUGCUGGACCUGAACCCUCAGACCAUCAACAAGCUGCUGACUGCGCUGAACGAGUGCACGGAGUGGGGCCAGAUCUUCAUCCUGGACUGCCUGGCCAAUUACACGCCUCGCGACGACCGCGAGUCUCAGAGUAUCUGUGAGCGAGUGACUCCGAGACUUUCCCACGCGAACUCUGCGGUGGUGCUGUCGGCGGUGAAGGUGCUGAUGAAGUUUAUGGAGAUGCUCCCGAAGGACCUGGAUUAUUACGGGACUCUGCUGAAGAAGCUCGCCCCCCCGCUGGUCACGCUGCUGUCGGCUGAGCCUGAGCUGCAGUACGUGGCCCUGAGGAACAUCAACCUCAUCGUGCAGAAACGGCCUGAGAUCCUGAAGCAUGAGAUGAAGGUGUUCUUUGUGAAAUACAACGAUCCCAUCUACGUCAAACUGGAGAAGCUGGACAUCAUGAUCAGACUCGCCUCCCAGGCCAACAUCGCUCAGGUGCUGGCGGAGCUGAAGGAGUACGCCACCGAGGUCGACGUGGACUUCGUCCGGAAAGCCGUCCGCGCCAUCGGCCGCUGCGCCAUUAAAGUCGAGCAAUCGGCCGAGCGCUGUGUCAGCACCCUGCUGGAUCUCAUUCAGACUAAGGUGAACUAUGUGGUGCAGGAGGCCAUCGUGGUCAUCAAGGACAUUUUCCGCAAAUACCCGAACAAGUACGAGAGUGUGAUCGCUACGCUGUGUGAGAAUCUGGACUCUCUGGACGAGCCGGAGGCGCGAGCUGCUAUGAUCUGGAUCGUGGGAGAAUACGCCGAGAGGAUCGAUAACGCAGACGAACUGCUGGAGAGCUUCCUGGAGGGCUUCCAUGAUGAGAGUACACAGGUGCAGCUGCAGUUACUGACGGCCAUCGUGAAGCUCUUCCUGAAGAAACCUACUGAGACUCAGGAGCUGGUGCAGCAGGUGCUCAGCCUGGCCACACAGGACUCCGAUAACCCCGACCUGCGGGACCGCGGCUACAUCUACUGGCGUCUGCUCUCCACUGAUCCUGUAGCCGCUAAAGAGGUGGUCCUGGCCGAGAAGCCGCUGAUCUCUGAGGAGACGGACCUGAUUGAGCCCACCCUGCUGGAGGAGCUGAUCUGCCACAUCGGCACGCUGGCGUCCGUCUACCACAAACCGCCCAGCGCCUUCGUGGAGGGCAGCCGCGGUGUCCAGCACAAGAGACUCCCGGCCCGCGCUGGAUCUGGUGAGAGCACCGAGAGCCCGGAUGUUGGACAGUCCGUGAGCGGCGUCUCGGACGCUCCUCCUGCUGUAAUCCCGUCUCAGGGUGAUCUGCUGGGUGACCUGCUGAACCUGGACCUGGCUCCUCCCACCACCACCGUCCCCCCUGUGCCCUCCUCAAUGCAGAUGGGGGCUAUGGACCUGCUGGGUGGGGGGCUGGACAGUUUGAUGGGAGAUGAGCCAGAAACGUCGGGCUCUCACUACAGGACGGAGGUGCCGUCCCCUCAGCCGGCUGAUUUUAGCGAGAGAGAGCUCGGUGGAGAUCUCGGAGGCAGUCCUGCGAUGGGUGUGGGUGUUGGGGUUGGGGUUGGUGUGGGUGUGGGUCUAGGCCCGGCUCCAGUGGGCAUGCCCGCGGGUCUGGGUGCCGCCCCUGCUGUUGGAGGGGGUCUGGGUGAUCUGUUUGACCUGGGCGGAGGCGUGGGCAUGACCUCAGGGUCCUACUCUCCUCCCAGAGUGGUGUGGCUGCAGGCUAUGAAGGCUAAGGGUCUGGAGAUUUCGGGGACGUUCGCUCGGCGAGGUGGCGUCAUCCAGAUGGACGUUUCCCUCACCAACAAGGCCAUGAGCGUGAUGUCCGACUUCGCCGUCCAGUUCAACAAGAACAGUUUUGGGAUGGCUCCAGCGGGUCCUCUGCAGGUUCUGACUCCUCUCGGUCCGAAUCAGACGGUGGAGGUCAGUCUGCCUCUCAGUUCCACCGGCCCAGUGAUGAAGAUGGAGCCUCUCAAUAACCUGCAGGUGGCGGUGAAGAACAAUAUUGAUGUUUUCUACUUCAGCUGCCAGUAUCCCAUCAGCCUGCUCUUUGUGGAGGACGGGAAGAUGGACAGACAGGUAUUCCUGGCCACCUGGAAGGACAUUCCCAGCGACAACGAGGCUCAGUUUCAGAUCAAAGACUGUCACCUCAGCUCAGAUGCUGCCAGUAAUAAACUGCAGGGCAGUAACAUCUUCACAGUGGCGAAGCGCACAGUGGAGGCCCAGGACAUGCUGUACCAAUCCAUCAAACUCACCAACGGCAUCUGGGUGCUGGCAGAGCUCCGCAUACAGACCGGCAACCCCAACUACACGCUCUCGGUGAAGUGUCGGGCUCCGGAGGUUUCUCAGUACGUAUCUCAGUGCUACGAGCUGAUCCUGAAGAACUGAAGCAGCUGGAGAAGAACUGAGCAAGAACCCCCAACCUGGACCCAUAUCUGCCUCUAGAGCCACCUCCAACACCCCCUCAACCCAUGAUCUAUCUCUGUCUAUUGAACUGACCCUUCUGCACCCUCAUGCAUUUAUGCUAGGGUGCUUUUAACUAAAGUGUCCAGGCUCCGCCCACAAAUGCAUUCUCAAACUCUGUAGUCCCUAGUAAUGAGAGACUAUAGCUCUAGCUCUGCCUAGUGUAUAUCACAAUACAUACACUUAGAGCCAGUAUCUCAUGAAGGUAAAUAUAUAUAUAUAUAUAUUAAUAACAGUCUAAAUGUUGGUAUUGUGAUAUUUCUCACAGUUAAAACGUUUAUACCCAAUACAAAUAAUAAUAAAAACCAGCAAACGGCUAUAGCAAAAGAUAAAGUAAAACUACAAGUCAAUCUACGAUUCCAAUGAAGUUCUUGUGUGUGAAAACAAACCAAUCUGUCCUGAGUGCAUGUAGGUAUUAUGAUGUACACUGAGGCGGCGCUACAAGUCUCUAAAAUCCAAUCAAGCGACAUUAGUAGUGAUUAAACACAUUUGUGGGCGGAGCCAGGGUUGUUUGAUCAUUGUCAACCUCGUAUAUUCCCUGUUUCUUUCCUUUCUGGAUGAAAUCAUAUCUUCAGUUCAGCUGUUUGGUAAAAUCUGAAACUCUGUUAAAGAGCAGAUCCUCCUCAUCUCUCUCUUUAAGAGGUUAAAUCAGAUGCUUAAUCAGAUUUUCGGUGGCGGGAAUUUGUUAAUGUGUGUACUACUUAAAUAUAUCGCUGUGUUUUGUUUUGUUGUGUGUGUCUGUGUGUGUGUGUUACAGCCAUCAGGUUCAUAUUAUUAUUGGCUUCUGUUGAACAUCUGCGGGUGUUUUUACAUGGAAUGAUUAGAAAAACCUCCUUUUAAUAUCGUAAUUCUAAAAAUCUGUAUUUUAUGAUGGAAAGGGAAAUAGAAAAGCUGCUGGAAUCCCUUUGUGUUUGUUAAUUUUCUUCAAUUUUUCAUGCUUAUAUAAAGCUCUAUCCAUCACACAAUCUUCUGCCUCAAUUGUCAUCGGGAGUUUUUCUAUUACCUUCCUGUCAAACAAAAACUGAAGCAAAAACAAAAAUUCAGCUAUUUACUUAUUUUACCAAAAUAAGAACAUUACCUCAUUCAUUUUUGCUGUUUUUGUUAGUGAGGGGACUUAAAAACAGCACUUUUAUUUGAAGAUUUAGUUUGUUUUAUUAAGGAUUAUCUAUAUAUUAAUGAUAUUGAGUAUUGCAAGUAUUUUUUUUGGACAGUAUAUCAUACACAAAUAUCAUAUUGUAUAACAGGACUGUUUACAAAACAGCAAAAAUCCCCUUAAUCUUUAAUUAAAAGUAAUUUUGCAACAUUUCUAUUGGUCUGUUUAUCAUGGAAUUCUGUCAUUCUUAUGAAAAAAAGGGCAAAAAAGUCAAAAAUGGGGACACAAGGUUCUUUGGAAAACAAGAUCGCAAGUUUUAACAUUUAACAUUUUCUUGCCGUUUCAAAAAACAUCAAAUAUUUAAUUGGAACCUUAUUGUAGCUUAUAAAAAACAAUACUUAGGAUGUUGGACUAUUUCAUUUUCACUGUAGUUUUUGUGUUUCAGUGAAGCGACAGUCAGCAGAACACCAGAAUUGUUUAAUUUCACUUUUUGGGGUUAUUAGAGGUGAAGAUCCUGAACCUUCCUCCGUCUGUCUCGUGGUUUUAGAGGACUGUGUAUGAGGUACAGCCACUGGGGGUUAGUAAAAGAUUUAGACAGUUUAUUAUAGUUUUAUAAGUUUGAUUCUCUUCAUCAUUCCAUGUGUGUUUUUCUGUAUUCAAACAUCUGUCCAGACUCCGCCCACAAAUACGUUCUGUCAUUGUUGCUAUCUUGGACAAGCUCCGCCUCCUCAUGUGUAUAGUAAUACAAUACCUACAUUUAGGGUGUUAUUAAUAUUACUAUUCACCCUAAUAAUGAGAAACAAACUGUAGCUCCGCCUCCUCCUUCAGUGUAUAUCACAAUACCUACAUUUAGAGAGUUAUUAAUAUUAAUAUUCACCUGAAUAAUGAGAGACAAACUGUAGCUCCGCCCCCUCAGUGUAUAAUAUCACAAAAUACCUACAUUUAGAGUGUUAUUAAUAUUAAUAUUCAUCCUAAUAAUGAGAAACAAACUGUAGCUCCGCCCCCUCAGUGUAUAAUAUCACAAUACCUACAUUUAGAGUGUUAUUAAUAUUAAUAUUCACUCUAAUAAUGAGAAACAAACUGUAGCUCCGCCCCCUCAGUGUAUAAUAUCACAAAAUACCUACAUUUAGAGAGUUAUUAAUAUUAAUAUUCACCCUAAUAAAUAAUGAGAAACAAACUGUAGCUCCACCUCCUCAGCAGUGUAUAAUAUCACAUACCUACAUUUAGAGUGUUAUUAAUGAGCAUAGCUACAGUUUGUUUCUCAUUAUUAGUGUGAAUAUUAAUAUAGGGAGGGAGGCGGAGCUUGUCCAAGCUAGCAACAGUGACAAGCUAGUGAAAGAACAAAUUUGUGGGCGGAGCUUGUGUGAUAUUGGUGAAUUUGAUUGACAGAUGUGUCAGAUAUUGCCUGUCUGUGAGUGCUGAGUUUGUUCUUUAUCUUUAGUUUGUUUUGUUUUUUUUUUUCAUUUAUUUGCUUGUGUCACUGUGUGUUAAUUGCAGUGUGUUAUUUUUCAGCACCUUGGAGAACCAAAAGCUUCUCCUGGUGGGUUUUUCAAAGAUAAUAAGACCAUUGUCUCCUUCAUAAGUCCUGAAUAAUCUUAAAAAUGAAGGUGCUACUAAUGUUUUUAGGGUGAUUCCAUAGAAGAACCAUUGUUGUAUGUGUGAAGAACCUUUAAUUGUUUAAAGUAACCAAUGUUGAAGCUUCUUAACCAAUUUAAAGGUUCUAGACACUACAGGAAUAUUUGUAGGGAACAAAAAUUGGUUGCUCAAAAAGUGUCUCUUCCAUGGAAGAACUAUUUUAAUAAAGUAAUUUCUAGUGUGAAGAGCUUUUAUGUUCUGUUUAAAAGUUUUUGGCCAGUUUAAAGGUUCUUCACACUGCAAC